UGAAGACAAUUUUUCAAAAUGUAAUGUAUAAAUCAAUGAUUUUUUUUAGCAGAAAUGUAUAAAUUAGACUAAAAUUAAUGUCCUAACUGGAAAAGAAAGUGAUAUUCCACAAAACGAGCAAAAUCUACAAACGUUAAUUAUGCAAAUAAGACUAACAAUAUUGCUUCUUUGUCUGACUUUGAUGAAAGCCCGAGCUGAGGAAGAAGAAUGUAAAGACAAGGUUAGUUACUGCAAACGAAUGAAAAGUUUUUGUGACCAUGCUACUUAUAAACAAUACAUGUUGGAUAACUGCAUUGCCACAUGCAAAAAAUGCCGAAAAGAUAUUGAUCCGGAUGGACUAUGUUUAAAAGACAAUGGAGGGUGUGAGCAUACCUGCGAUGUUGAAGAUAAAACUAUUAAAAAGUGCUCUUGUUUUUCUGGUUACACAUUGAAGAAAGAUGGCCUCACUUGUACAGAUGUCGACGAAUGUACAAUAAAAGGCAUCUGUUUACGUGGAAAGCAUUGUACAAAUGUUGAAGGCGGCUUCUUCUGCGACGAGGCAAAGUGUACUAACCCUGAAAAGCCUUAUUUAGGUCGACCUGACUGCUGCACUAAAGAACCAGAUACUGCAGAGUGUGGAGUUACUGCGCGUGGUGUGGAAAGAAUCGUUGGAGGAAAUGAUUCGUUCUUAGGCCAAUGGCCUUGGCAGGUUUAUAUUAACAUUGAUACAAGUAUUAUAUGUGGUGGAACACUAAUCAAUAGAAACUGGGUUGUCACUGCUGGACAUUGUUUCAAAGGUUUUUCAUCUGAAACAAAAAUGGAAUUAUUCUUUGGAGUGCUUGAACUAUCAAAAUUGAAGCAAGGACAUGUACAGAAGCGUAACAUGAAAAAGCAUAUUCUGUAUCCUAAUUGGAAUGAAGAUAAAUUUGAAAUCAACGAUAUUGCUCUCAUUGAGCUAGACAAGCCUGUCAGGUUUAACAGAUGGGUCCGACCAGUCUGUUUACCGAACGGAGAAAAACCAAAAAUAGGAACAAAGUGUUAUGCAGCUGGGUGGGGUUUGCAACAUGAAGACGAUCUUUCGCCUGCAACAAAGUUACAGCAUGUCGAUCUCCCCAUCGUGGAACCACAAAAGUGUAUAAAGGCUUACAAAGACGAAGACACGAAAGUUAAUAGAACAAUCAUGAUGUGUGCUGGAUAUGACGAAGGGGGUAAAGACUCAUGUCGGGGUGAUUCCGGCGGACCAUUUGUUUGUCAACGUUGCAAUAGUUGUGGGUGGUAUCUUGCCGGUGUAGUGUCAUUUGGCAGUGGAUGUGCUCAAAAAGGAUUUUAUGGAGUUUAUGCAGAUGUUCAUUACUUUGAAAAGUGGAUUUCAGAAAUGACGAAAAUUCCUGUGAACAACGCAAAAUCCUGUACAGGACCAUACAUGGAAACGUGGUCCAAGUGGAGCACAUGUACCGUAACUUGUGGAAUUGGAGGAAAACAUACAAGAACAAGGCAAUGCCUGCAUAAAGGAAAAGUUAGUGAUCAAUGUAAUGGUCCUCUGAAACAAACAGAUGAUUGCCCAAGAAUAAGAUGUCCAAGAUUCGGAAGAUUCAGUGAUUGGUCGAAAUGUACGAAGACUUGUGGCGGUGGAUUAAGAACUAGAAUUAGAGAGUGUCUACAUGGUAAAAUUGGACAAGAUGGCUGUCCAGCGGACGAUGCUGUUGAAAAUGAAGACUGCAAUAAACAAACAUGUCCGGUAUGGGAAGAUUGGUCAGAAUGGAAAACAUGUACAAAAACGUGUGGUACUGGUGUGGAAGCUCGAACAAGAAAAUGCAUUGGGGGGAAACCUUCAGAUGAAGGCUGUGACGGAAAGGCUACUGAAGAGAGGAAAUGCAACGAAGAACUUUGUCCUGGAUGGAGUGAUUGGGGUCCAUUUGGCCGUUGCUCAAAGACAUGUGGUGGAGGAACUCAAGUAUCAGAAAGGCAGUGUAUCGGGAAAAAAUGUCCAGGCGAAGACAACAAAAGUCAAGUUUGUAACAAACAAUUAUGCCCAGUAUUUGGCAAAUGGAGUAACUGGGAAUCUUGUGACGUUACCUGUGGCGGAGGAUUAAGUCAAAGAAGAAGGUCAUGUGAAAACGGAAAAAUUGGCGAAAUUGGAUGCGAAAAAGAUAAAGAAUCAGAACAACAGAAAUGUAAUACUCAACUUUGUCCUGAAUUCACAUCCUGGUCAGAUUUUACAAAAUGCUCAGUGACGUGUGGCGGUGGAACACAAAAAGCAACCCGUACAUGCAAGAAUGGCAGGGUUGGACAGGAAGGUUGCAUUGGCGAUACCACUAAAACUAGAAAAUGUGGUGAAGAUGAAUGUAUAGGCAACUUUGGAACUUGGAGUGUUUGGACAAAAUGUUCUGAAACUUGUGGCAAUGGUAUCAGGACGAGAAGUCGAUCUUGUGAAGGUGGAACAAAAUGCAUAGGCAAAAGUCAGGAGUCAGAAGAUUGCAAAGUAAAAGAAUGCCCUGUAUUCGGCAAAUGGAGCCAAUGGACCGUUUGUUCAAAUACAUGUGGAGGUGGACAGCAAUCUCGAUCUCGCGAUUGUUUACAUACGAACAACCCAGAAGAUUGUGUUGGAGAAGCCAGUCAAUCACAGAACUGUAACGAACAAAGGUGUCCAGGCGUGUGGAUGCCAUGGACAGAAUGGAGUGAAUGUGACGUUACAUGUGGAGAGGGAACUGAAACUAAAACUCGAAAUUGUGAGGGAGGUGAAAUCGGCAAGCCAAACUGCGACAGCGGGGAAGCCGAAGAAACAAGGCGAUGUGUUUUAGACGCAUGUCCUUCUAAAUGGGGAAAUUGGGGAACAUGGACCUUUUGUUCAAAAUCGUGUGAUCGAGGCAUGAAAACAAGAAGAAGACCAUGUGAUGGUGGAAAACCAGGUGAUGGAGAUUGCGUUCCCGCAUCAGCACAAAAAGAAGAAGAAGCAUGCAAUGAAGUCACCUGUAGAGAUUGCUUUGACGUAGCAGGUUUUACGUGGUGUGCUACAUACUUUACUAUAAAAGAAAACUGCAAAGAAUAUCCAGCGCAAGCACGUCAAUACUGUGCACUGACUUGCAGUUUGUGUCCAGGAUUGCACGAGCAUUGGCAAUCUUGGGGACCCUGUUCUAGCAGCUGCGGAACAGGAUUUCGAACUAGAACAAGAGAGUGCAAAAAUAAAGAGUUGGGUUGUGAAGGCGAAUCAAGCGAAGAAGACGUUUGCAAAGGUCCAUGUCAAGGAUUUAACCCAUGGGGAAAAUGGACAACAUGUACGGAAUCGUGUAACGGUGGAACAAGAACUAGGCAGCGAACUUGCUCUUUUAAAAAAUGUGACCCGGAUGAAAAUGGAAAUACAUCUAAGACAGACAAAGAAAAUUGUAACUUAGAACCAUGCCCGGGCAAAUGGGGAGACUGGGGUGCAUGGGAAUCCUGUAGUACGACAUGCGGCGACAAUGGAGAACAGAUAGCAAGAAGAACAUGUGAAGGCGGUAGGGCAGGAGGGCCGGGUUGCCUGGGCCUUGCUACGAAAACGAGACCAUGCAGAAAUAACAAUAAAUGUCCUGGGAAAUGGAGUGCUUGGACUAAGUGGUCCCAAUGCUCGGUUACUUGCGGUGGAAAAGGAACACGCACGAGAACACGCACAUGUGAAGGGGGAGUUGAGGGCCAGUCUGACUGUCCUGGAUCCGCAACACAGACAGAAGACUGCGACGAAGAAAAAUGUACUGCAAAAUGGGGAGACUGGGAAGAUUGGGGUGAUUGUGAUAAAGACUGUUCUCGUACCCGAACAAGAAAAUGUAUAGGCGGAACAAAAGGAGAUCGUGGAUGCGAGGGUGAAGGCGAGCAAACUCAAGAAUGUGACAGUUCUCAAUGUCCCACUGAUGGCUGCGAUCCGAAUAAAAUCGAUUUACAUAUAUGGUGCAAUUCGCUAACAACGGCAAAUUGUUAUGACCCGCAGUACGAACAGGCAUGCCCGUGGACAUGCUGCAAGGUUCUCGGACAAGUACCUUGCGAAGAUGAUCCAGCGCAAAAAGAUAGCUACUGUGUUCCAUAUCAAGCUUACUGCAAUGAUCCGACCUAUAUUGCCACUUUCAAGCAAUACUGUAGAAAAACCUGCAAUUUCUGUGAAUAAUAGAACUUUUCAUUCUAAUCGAAUCGGCAUUGCACGAUGUAAACCAAGUUGUGUUUUUCGUGAAAUCAAUAUGUUCCCUUCAACAUUUCAUCAUAAACGUGGAUGACUGUUAUGUAAAAUAUGUUACUGCUUUUAAUAAAUGUAAUAUUACUAUGCGAUUAUUAAACAAAAUGUCUGUAUCACAAUA